AUGGAGGUUGAAACAUCUUUCCCACCUUCUUCAUUCCCUGUUGCUCAUAAAUUAUUAGAUAAAAGAAUGGUACUUGUUGAUGAUACCAGUUUAAAUACAGAGGUCAUGAAUUCAAUGGUGGUUAGCAAUGAAGAGAGAGAAGAAAUAGAAGAAAGUUCUGAAACUUUGACUAGUAGGAAUACAGAUAUGGUUGAUUCAAUGGUGGUUACUGAGAAAGAAGAAACUGAAUUUUUUUCUGAAACUUUGGUUACUAAGAAAUCAACGGUGAUUAACAUUCAAGAAGAAUCAGGAGAAGGAAGUGAAAAUUUUGUAGAAGCGGUUGAGUUGAGAUCAGCAACAGAGAUUGAUGGUUCUGGAGGGGAAACUAAAGCUGUGUUGAAGAUGCAGAAAGCUUACAGAGGUUAUAGGACUCGGCGUAAGUUAGCUGAUUCUGCUGUUCUUGCUGAAGAAUACUGGUGGCAAGCAAUUGAUUUUGCUAGAUUGAAUCACAGUACAAUCUCAUUUUUCAAUAUGCCAGAAACACCUAUCUCAAGGUGGAAUCGAGUUGCUAUGAAUGCGUCCAUAAUGACAACUGUUGGGAAAGGAGAACUUAUGGAUACAAGUAUAGGAUCUGAAGGAGCUAAAUGGAUAUUUGUAAUGAGUACAUCCAAGAAACUUUAUGCUGGAGAGAAAAAGAAAGGGUGUUUUCAUCAUUCCACUUUUCUUGCUGGAGGAACUACCUUGGCAGCUGGAAGGCUUGUUGCGGAGAAUGGAGAGCUUAAGACAAUUUCUGCAUACAGUGGACAUUAUCGUCCAACUGAAGAAAACCUCGACAGCUUUAAAGAUUUUCUCAGUGAAAAUGGGGCCGACCUUAACAAAGUUCAGAUUCGCUCUUCUACUGAUGACCACAAGAGCAAUGGAGACAGCAAUUCAGUUCAUGGGAGUGGACCAUUAGAAGCUUUUGCCAAUAAAACUGAAGCCUCAGCAUCUUCUGAUUCUCUUCAUCUUGAAAUUCCGAAUGGUGAAGUGGAAGACCAAAUACUCUCAGAACCAACAGAAGGUAGUCUCGGAAUUGAAAGGAAAGCAAGUCACAAGAGAACCUUAUCAGGUGGUCUCCAAAGUCCAAGAGCAGAUGUGCCCAAGAUAAAAAUAUUACAGAGGAUCAAUUCCAAAAAUGCAACAUCUUCAUAUCAGCUUGGUCAUCAACUCUCGCGAAAAUGGUCCACCGGAGCCGGUCCAAGAAUCGGGUGUGUUGCAGAUUACCCUCCUGAAAUACAACAACAAGCCUUGGAGUUUGUCAAUCUCUCACCAAGAGCUCCGCUUGAAACUUCUCAACACUAUACUGAACUCUUUCCAUCUUCUCCUCGCUCCAAAAAUGGUUCAGCGGGUAACUGCACUGUUGAUAAUUGA